AUGAUACUGGCGAGGAACUUGCUCCAUGUACCAAGACCCAGCUUGUACGUUGUCGCAGCGCUGGGAGCGUUUUCGCUCUUCCAAGUUGGUAGCACAGUCGCGAAGUAUGCACUAUGGUUCUGGAAACAGAAGCGCGCUGGCCGCCCUGUAAGUCGCGGGCUCCUUGAAGUCGUCACAGCGCUGGGGCCGGUACCGGUUCCGGGUUUCGGCAACGCUCUCUACUUGAGUCGCGUCGGUUUCUUCCGUGCCCUUUACGAGUCCUGUUUGGAACGCCAGGUCACGGUCUUUUGGCUUAGCAGCACGCCAUUGUUGAUCGUUUCGGCUCCUGAUCUGGUGGAACAGGUACUAACGAGUCGCACGUUCGAGAAGCCGCAGUAUUUCGGGUAUCGUUCCCGCACUGUAAAGACCGCUCUGGAGCUGCACCAAAGGGCCGAGCUUCUACGUGAAAAAAUCGAGACUGCGGACCCAGAUCAGCAGCAACGAGUUCGCGAAGACCCGUCGCGGGCGGCUUUGUUGGACUUGAUUGACCGCUCGCUCACUGAAAUCGCCUCGAGUACAGAAAAAUUUCUCGCAGAGCUACGCGCUGAAGACAACGUGGGGAAAGACGCAUCCAAGCUUAUUCAACGAUUCUACGUACAGCUUAACUGCAAGGUGCUAUUCGGGCUGGUGGUCGAUAAUGCUGAAGCAACACGCAUUGCGUCCGCUAUCGAAAAGGCUGGUGCGGAGUUCAGCAGACGCAUGAUUUUGCCACAACGAGCCCUUUAUGCAUGGUUCGCCAACGUAAGCUACAUCUACCAUACAAGUGUCCUGCUUAUCUUCGGGCAGAAGAUUCUCCGCCAUCUGCGGAUAUCAUCAAAUUCGUGGAUAAAUGGCUGGCUUGGUAAAGCAGGUCGGCUGCGAAGGUUGGCGAAAGUGCUCGGCUUAUUGAUGGCGGCUACGCAGACGGUGCCUAUCGCUGCUAGCUGGGCACUGAUACUGGUAAGCGUCCACGAAGAUGUUCGUGAGAAGUUGGCUUGCGAGGCGCGACGAUUGCUUUCUGAAGAUCUCAGUGUGAACGGGGGCAGAGGUGUCGCCCAACAGGGUUCGCAGACCUCGCAGACUACGCCAGCGCAAAAAGCAAACUUGACUGCAUCGGACAUUGCCACUGACGUGAAUCGUCUAUCCAAGCUGUUGAAGAAACAUUCCUACUUUGAUGCGGUAAUUGCCGAAACGCUGCGGCUCUUUCCACCGUUUCCUUUGAUUCAGCGGCAGGCUCAAUGUGACACUCACUUGGGCGACGUAUUUGUGCCCGGGGGAACCCUCGUGGCGGCUGUUCCCUGGCUUCAGCACCAUCACCCGGCGUACUGGAAACAGGCAGAAUCUUUCAACCCGGAAAGAUGGAUCAGCCCAACGGAUAAUGUUGCUCGCCAUGGAGAUGCACCAUCCGACUACUGCUACAUUCCGUUCGGAAGGGGUCGAAGAAUGUGCGCAGGUAAUCCGCUCGCGAUGGUUGAGCUCAAGUGCCUCCUGUUGCUUGUUGCUUUACAGGAGCCGGACCUGCUCUUCGACUUGGAACCACAAGAGACGUCUCCUGAGCCUCAGGCUGGGAUGCGGUUCCCGCCCCUGACCAUGCGCCCGCCACGAUUUGCUGUUCGACAGGAAGAACCGAUUCAUCGCAAGUUAUGCCAGCAAAACUCGAAUGAACUUUGA